AUGAAAUGCCAUGAGCCAAUCGGCGGCGACCUUCCGAGUCCACGGGCGCCGCACCGCGUGUGGGUUCGCAUCGGCGGUGGUAACAGCAACUCGACAAAAUCUGUCGGCCUCGACGCGUCGCUGAUUCGCUCGUUCCCAGUGAUGAUUUUCAGCUCGGAAAAAGCCAAGUUUUCCGCGGCGGGACUCACAGAAAAGCUCGUGUCGCGGCAAUCGCAAGAUCUGCACGCCGCGGCCGACCAGGCCAGGAGAAGUGGAGAUUCUACCGAUCACGGCGUGAUUGUAGCGUCUCAGCUCAAAGCUCCUGAUGCCGCCUCAGAAUUCACCAGACUGGCUGCUGAGGCCGACAAAUGUGCCGCCAAUUCCGCCGCACAUCGCGUUCUAGAUCACGUGGCUGUUACUCUGGACGAGGAAAACGCGUGUUUUCGCGAGUGCGCGGUGUGCUUGGGUGACUAUGACGAAGGGGAACGGAUCAAGUUGCUUCCCCCUUGUGGUCACCGCUUUCACGCGGAUUGCAUCGACCUGUGGCUGUCGUCGAAAAGCACGUGCCCGAUCUGUCGCAAAGACCUUCGUUGGGGUGGGCGGGACGAGGUGGGCAAGAGUGAGCAUGGAGAAGCGAGUAUCCACAGAAGUGAGGGUUGUUACUGUGUGGUGGGACAUGGACGGAGAGGGGAGGGAGGGAAGCAAACAGGGGAGGAGAUUAUAACUGAAAGGAGGGACGCAAGCACAGAGGGAAAGGGGGCGGCUGUUCAGUGGCCACUACACUAG